UCGAAUUCCAUGAGCUCUUCUCCUCCACACAUCGCGCAACAGAGCGCUCUCUCUCUCUCUCUCUCUCUCUCUCUCUCUCUCUCACUCAGAUAGUGAAAAUGGUCUCUGUGGUAUUUCCACAGACAACUUGUAUGCAUUUCAGCUUGAACCUUCGAAACGAUUCGUUGGCCUCUCUCUCAUCUUUAUCACCCGACCGUCUUCUUCCCAAAAGUUUUAAUCGACAAAGAGGCAAUGAUAAAAGUUCUAGACACUGUACAGUAAACUGCAGACUUGCCAGGGUGAAAGAAUCUCCUUCCCCGAGCCUAGAUACACUGAUAAGAGAACCCCACAAAUAUUUUGAUCAAGUCAUUGUUACGGUUCGUUCUGGAGAUGGAGGCCAUGGCGCCAUUCUUAGUAUGCCUAAUCAAAGAACUCCUUCAAAGUCACAAGGAAAACAUGAAAAGGAGAAAACAAAGAAGAAAAGUUCAUAUAAAAGGGAUUUUGAUGGGUCUCUCAUCCUUCCUAUGGGUGGGCAUGGUGGGGAUGUUGUAAUUUAUGUGGAUGAGGGCAAAGACUCGUUAUUGGAGUUUCACAAGAAGAGCCGGUUUAAUGCAAAGCGUGGGGGAAAUGUUGCUGCAAUGGGAGUUUUAACAUCUCAAUUACAUAAUGGGUUUGCUGCUCCAACAUUGCGUAUUCCUGUGCCUUUAGGUACUGUUGUAAAACUUAAACGGGGCAAGUUUUUGGCUGAUUUAGCGCGCCCAGGAGAUGAAAUUCUUGUUGCAAGGGGUGGACAAGGAGGGAUUAGCUUGGUAGAAAUGCCAGAGCAUAGAAGAAAAAGAGUAAUGGCCUUAACAACAAAUGUGCUGAGAGAUGAAACUGACAAGGUUUUAUCUUUUGGUCAGCCAGGGGAGGAGGUUAGUUUGGAGUUAAUACUAAGAGUUGUUGCUGAUGUUGGUCUUGUCGGACUCCCAAAUGCUGGCAAAUCAACCCUAUUGGCAGCCAUAACACUUGCAAAACCUGAUAUUGCUGAUUAUCCCUUCACAACCUUAAUGCCAAACCUUGGACGCCUCGACGGUGACCCUAGUUUAGGGGCAGGGAAGUAUUCAUCUGAAGCAACAUUGGCAGAUCUGCCUGGUCUUAUUGAAGGUGCUCAUCUGGGGAAGGGUCUUGGUCGCAAUUUUUUGCGGCACCUGAGGAGGACUCGCUUGUUGGUACAAGUUGUUGAUGCAGCUGCUGAGAAUCCUGUGGAUGACUACCGCACUGUAAGAGAAGUAUGUCUUCACCCAAUCAUAAACCUUGCAAGUUUACUUUUUCUUUUCAAAAAAAUAAAAAAUAAAAAUUAUUGUUGGUCUAGAUAAGGUAGGGCUGUUGAU